GAGAAUGACUGUGCCACACGGCACUCGGGGAGAAGAUGGCAAAGGGACAGCCUCUGCGGAGAGAGCAGGCAUGGACCGUGCUGCAGAACAGACCAGAAUCAAACACAAAAAUGAAACUCACAAGGUGUGGAAAGAUUACCUUGGGUAUAUUAAUGAUGGUUAUUGCUGCAGUAAUCAUUGGACUGAUUGUUUAUUUUGUCACUUACGGAAAGACACCUUUCUACUACCACAUCAGCUUUAAAGUCAAUAACAUUGACUAUGACAGCAAGUUUGAAAAACCAUAUUCACAAGAAUAUAUGGACCUAAAUAAAAAGAUAGUGUCUUUGAUAAAUGAAACAUUUCAUGAAUCCGAACUAAGAAGACAGUAUGUCAAAUCUCAUGUUGUCCAAGUAAGCCGAGCCAAAGGAAAAGUGAUAAUACAUGCUGUGCUGAAGUUUAAAUCCUGUUAUAUAAAUGGUGCGGCAAAAUUUUGGGAUAGUGUUGAAACCAUUUUACAUCAGAAGUUAAAGGGCAAAACUGGGUCUUUGUGUAUAGAAUCUUCUUCAUUUAAAUUUUCAGACAUUGCAAUGCCGACAGCAGAAAAUCUUCUCCAUACCUGUUGUGGACGUCGCACAAUAACUUCUUCUGGGAACAAGAUAGCAGGGGGCAUGGAUGCUGAGGAAGGGGAAUGGCCCUGGCAAGCUAGCCUUCAACAGAACAAUGUCCACCGAUGUGGAGCCACUCUGAUUAGUAACAGCUGGCUUGUCACUGCUGCUCACUGUUUCAUAAAGGCCAGGGAUCCCAAAGAAUGGAAUGUUAGUUUUGGGCUUCUUCUAAGUCAUCCACAAACCCAGCAAAGUGUCAAGGAUAUUAUAAUUCAUGAAGACUACCACUACCCAACACAUGAUAAUGACAUUGCUCUUGUGCAUCUGUCUUCACCAGUAUUAUAUACAAGCAACAUCCGAAGAGCAUGUCUUCCAGAAACUACUUAUUCAUUCCCACCCAAUUCAGAUGUGGUCGUCACUGGAUGGGGAACAUUACAAUCUGAUGGAGCAAGUCCUAAUAUACUCCAGAAAGGACUAGUGAAGAUUAUAGAUAAUAAGACCUGCAACAGUAAAGCAGUAUAUGGUGGUGCAAUCACACCUGGAAUGUUGUGUGCUGGGUUCCUGGAGGGGAGUGUGGAUGCCUGCCAGGGUGACUCUGGUGGACCUCUGGUUGGUGCAGAUUAUAAAGGGACUUGGUUCCUUGCUGGUAUUGUAAGCUGGGGAGAUGAAUGUGCUCUUCCAAACAAGCCUGGUGUCUACACUCGAGUGACAUACUAUCGAGACUGGAUCAUGUCCAAAACUGGUCUCUAGUGCAGAAGUGCUUUAUAGAUUAAAAUUCAAAUUUUAUACCCUUGUUGUAAAUAUAGCUGUAAUUCCCAAACCAUAUUUAUUAGAAUCACCUCUCUUUAUGCACAUUUAAUGUUGCAAAUUUAAACAUAUAUAAUUUUAGAACUGUGAAAAUUUUUUUGUAUAUUAGACUUUGACAAGGGUUUAAUGACAGUAAUGGGCCACGACACAUCAUUUCCCCUUUUACCCUUUUCCAGACUGAUGGGAAUUAUGAGUAAAUACGGAUUAUGGGUUACCAAGGAAGUCUUCUCUAAUUCUUUGCAGAUCCAGGUCCCUUGGGAAAUCAUAGACUAGAUGUUAGCAAUAAACUUCCCUCCGAGUGUAUAAAUAAUCCCCUGCUGAAUCACAUGGACUCCACAAGAUCCACAUAUCUGUAGGUUGUAGCCUAGGAAGUUGCAAUAAUACUGCCUAUAAAAUUUUUUCAGGAAACUGUACCUGUUUUCUUUCUAGUCUUUGUACCAAUGCUAUCCCUUCUCUUUUUAUGUCUUCCUCACCUUAAGUGAGGCAAAACAGGCUGAUAAUCCCAUGGAGUGCUUUGAUAGAUCCCGAUGCUUGUUGAUUUGUCCCUAUUUCUCUUUCAUAUAAAAAUGAGGCCAUUCACUGUCAUCACCGGUAAGGUGAAGACAACAAUGGUCCUGACCUCUAGGGCUGUUGUAAGGAUAAAUGUACUCAUAUGUGUAACAUGCUUAGAAAAGUGCCUGACACAGUAAGUACCCAGUAAAUGUUAAAUAUUAUUAAUAGUGUCAUUAUUGCCAAAAUCAAUGAGCAGAACUAGAUUCAUGGUUCUUUGAACUUCUUAAAUACUUCAAAUGUCACUCACCUUCUGCUUCACCUACCCACUUCCACAGCCAUAUCCUGUACUUUCAUCUUACUCAGAACAGCUUCACACAUCUGGAAUCUUAAAUUCAAG